GAAGAUACGAGUCGAUGGGGGACAAGCGCUCGCUACGAGAGGGAAACAAACUCGAAACGAGAGAGUAGCACGCGAGAAACCUGUCCGCUCUUUUCGCCGGCGAUCUUCGCCGUUCGCGGCGACGGAGGAUCGGCGAACGACGAGCGCUUUCACCGCGAUCGGCGAUUGACGAAGGAGCGAGCCUCUCUUCUUCGCGCGCUCGGGAGGGAGGGAGAGAGAUUUGUAGAAUCCGGAAAUGGAGGAUCGCAGCAUAAUCGAGAGGGAGAGGCAUCAAAUCGAGCAGAUUCGGGAGCUCGAUUUCGAGGAGCUGCAGGUCGAGGAAGUCGAGGACGCUCACGACUCGUCGGACGACGAUCGGCGCACCGCCGCUCGGGGUCGUGAUGGGGCAAGUGUACCUAGUGAAUUUACCUUCAACCCCAGUUUGGCUUCGUUGCAUACGUAUCUUGGCGAGGUUGAAGACACCCACCACAGACUGGCUUUCUUGGAUGGUGGUGCCAUCCAUCAGUUACCCUUGCUCUAUCUUGAAGGAGUUGUGCUGUUCCCUGAAGCCACCCUUCCUUUAAGAGUUAUUCAGCCUAGCUUCAUAGCUACUAUUGAGAGGGCAUUAAGCCCAAUUGAUUGCAAUACUCCUCUUAUGAUCGGUGUCGUUCAUAUUUACAGCUAUCCUGAAACUAAUGGGUUAAGGUUUGCAACAACUGGGACAACUGCUGAGAUUAGGCAAUACAGGAGACUGGAAGAUGGUUCACUAAACGCAGUUACUCGCGGUCAGCAACGUUUUCGCCUGAAGCGAUGUUGGAUUGAUGCAGAAGGAGUGGCAUGUGGAGAGGUGCAGAUUAUUCAGGAAGAUUUGCCACUGAGGGCUCCACGAGAUGCCUUUGGGAAGUUGCCCAGACCAAGUGUUCUUAGAGAUAAUGAUAUUUCAAGAAACCGUCCAGAAAACUCUCCUGCUAAAUCAUUAAGAUUUGCUGAUGGGGACGAUGACUCAGAGGCACAUUCUGAAGAUAGCUUUGAGAGUGCACUUUCGCUUCGUGAACGUAGAUUGCAUCAAUCUGCGAUUGAUUGUUCUUAUGGAUAUGAUGUCAUGGAUGAAUCAACAAGCAGUGAUGAUGAGAAGUUUGUUUGGGAAUCAGAGUUCCGAGAAAGAAGAUCUCAUUCUCAUCAUCAUUCAGAUGAAAAGAUUUCUGGAAAUGCUAAUGGAUCUGGGGGGCAAUCUCACAAAGCGUCGUGGGGUUGGACCCAACGAAAGGCUGCUACUAGCAAUUAUGGUAUUCCUAGAGCAUUCUGGCCGCACUGGGUGUAUCGCAUGUAUGACUCAUAUAGCCUUGCUCAAAGGGUAGCAGAUAUGUGGAAACAGAUAGUUGGAGCACCUGCAAUGGAUGGUCUUGUAAAGAAGCCAGAUCUUCUUUCAUUUUAUAUUGCCAGCAAAAUUCCUGUUUCCCAAUCUACUAGGCAAGAGCUUCUGGAUAUUGAUGGGGUAACUUAUAGAUUGCGGCGGGAAAUUGAGCUACUGGAGUGUUUUGAUCGCAUCCAAUGUAAAAGUUGUCAGACUGUUAUUGCAAGACGAAGUGAUAUGUUGGUGAUGUCCAGUGAUGGUCCUCUUGGUGCUUAUGUGAACCUACAUGGUAGUGUACAUGAGAUAAUGACCCUCCAUAAAGCAAAUGGCUUAGCACUCAUAGGGAGGCCCGUCACAGAAUACAGCUGGUUUCCUGGGUAUGCUUGGACUAUAACUAACUGUGCCGCUUGCGAGACUCAUAUGGGUUGGCUUUUUACAGCCACAAACAAUAAGCUGAAGCCCAGGUUGUUUUGGGGAAUCCGAAGUUCUCAAGUUGCGGAUUCAAAUCAUUGAAAGGGCGUAUCAUAUCCUUCAGCGGAGAAGAUGAAUGUGGCUAUAGUACAGGUACAAGAAACACUACCAGGUAGUCCCGGUUUUCUUCCUCACCUACUCCUACCUUUUCUUUUGCUCCGUUUGUCUCGGAGAGUCGGAUUAAGAGCGUAUAGUAGUGGAAUGUUGUAAAGUGAUUCCAAUGUCCGUUAUAAUGGCUAAGAACGUUUCUUGGUUUA